GUUGAAUUAAAAAACCAAUUUCAAAUUAAUUCUAGAUUGUGUUAUGUUAUACCACAUAUAUUUUAUCUGGCAAAAUCUAUCAAUUUUUGCAAAUUUCGUAUUACCGAGUCGAGUGUUCGGAUUUUCAUUGCAGGGGAGAUUAUCAAUGCUUCUAAAUCAUUAAAUUUCAAGUUCGUAUGUAAAACACUGAAUAAAUGUUUUUGUCCAAGCUUUUCAGGUUGUCUUCUCCUACAUUACAUGUAAACUGCGUCACUUACUCUGCAUUUCACACCAGUGCUAUGGCUCAAGCAAAAGUUGCAGUGAUACUGUCGGGAUGUGGUGUAUAUGAUGGAACUGAGGUACACGAAGCAUCUGCUAUUUUAGUACAUCUAAGUCGAGCUGGAAGUGAAGUUGGAAUGUUUGCUCCUAAUAUUAACCAAAUGCAUGUUAUCAACCAUACAAAAGGUGAACCAAUGGAACAAAAUAGAAAUGUGUUAGAAGAAUCAGCAAGAAUAGCAAGAGGAAAAAUUUCAGCACUGUCAGAACUUGACUCAAAAAAAUUUGAUGCCGUUAUCUUUCCUGGUGGAUUUGGUGCUGCAAAGAAUCUUUCAAGUUUUGCAUCUGAUGGAACUGCCAUGAAAGUCAAUGACGAAGUAGAAAAGACAUUGAAAGAUUUUUAUAAUGAGAAAAAGCCCAUUGGAUUGUGUUGUAUAUCACCAGUAUUAGCAGCUAAAGUAUUCAAUGGAUGUGAAGUAACAGUAGGAUCUGAUAAAGAAGAAGGUGGUAAAUGGCCUCAUGCUGGAACUGCUGGUGCUAUUGAAUCGAUGGGUUCCAAGCAUAUUAAAAAGUCUGUGACUGAAUGUCAUGUAGACGACAAAAACAAAAUAGUAACAACUCCAGCAUUUAUGUGUGAAACUAAACUCCAUGAGAUAUUUGAUGGCAUUGGUGUAAUGGUCAAUAAAGUUUUAUCUCUUACAAAGUAAAUAAGACAAAUGAGAAAUUACAAAUAAAUGAUAUUGGAUUUUUUAGUUGAAUAUUUUAAGUGCCCCAAAGAAACCUAUUGUAUUCUUGUGAAAAUUUGGUGUGAAUCUUUGAUAUAAGAAAUGUCUGGUCUAGAACCAGAAUCAAGGACUGAAUAUUAAGAACUGAUGAAUUACUAAACUAAGUUUUUGAAAAAAAACAAAUUGAAGAGCUAUAUUUAGUACAAGAUUAAGAUUUCUUACAAUAUUUAUAUCACAGAAAGCAUUAAUAAUAAAACAUACAUUAAAAUAAUGUAUAUGUAUAUCACAGGAAUGUUUAUAACAUUAUACUGAACAAUAAACUUUGUUUGAUUC